AUGCCGGUGGGCCAGGCAAGGAUACCGAUGGCACAGGCUAGUGGAUGGAAGAGGAUAGCGCAACUCGAGUGGACAAUGGCCAAAGGACAAAGGGAGGACGAGGGCGAGCCCGGUGGCGAGGACACUGGUGAGCCAGUCAGUCAGCAGGACGAGCUUUGUCCCUGGCAUGACCUAGUAGCUCCCGAAGGCAUUUUCCAAAUUAGGGUGAACGGGUCAAGGCCCGUUCUCUGCGAUGGCCAAGGAUGGAUGGAUAUUCUAAGUCGGGGCGACGGAAGCGAGAACUUUGAUCGGAACUGGACGGACUACAAGGAGGGAUUCGGGAAGCUGUGGGGAGAGUUCUUUCUGGGCCUGGAGAAGCUGCACCAGCUGACCAAGGACGAACCACACUUGCUGUACGUUUACCUCAGGGACGUUCACUCGAAUAGCCGCUUCGCUCGCUACGAUGGCUUCCAAAUUGGAAGCGAGGAAGAGUCCUACAGUCUGAAGGCUUUGGGCCGGUAUUCCGGGUCAGCUGGGGACUCCUUGGGUAUUCACAGGGGCAUGAAGUUCAGCACCAUUGAUCGGGAUAAUACCCGAUCCAAGGCCAAUUGUGCAGAGAUUUAUGGCGGCGGUUGGUGGUACAACGAUUGCGGAGAUAGGUGA